UGUUUUUUUAAAAAGGUUGAGUGGCCUCACUCGGGACCGAAAAGGUGGAGUCCCCGCCCCCGGUGCAGCAGCGAAGACAAACGGAGCCACCUGUGAGAGGGCUGUGGGCGGGGGGACCGGGCCGUGAGGGCCUUGGAACCGGAGGGUGAGUGCCGUUGAGCGCACGCUCAGAGCAGACCGCUAGCAGGAGGCAGGAUGUGAUAGUCUAAGACCCUGGAAGCUGACGGCCAGAGGGAGGGAAAGGUGGUCACAGAGGAGAGGCAAAGCAACGGGAGGUGGAGGAUCCUGGAGGUGACUGCAAGGAGAGUACGCAGUGGCGAGGGGCUGCAGAAGCGGACCCAGUGACUUCUGCGCCGACGCGGUGCAGGCAGGAGAGAGGAAGAGAGGGGAGCGCGGUGGCGCUGCGGGCUGGCCCCGCCGGGGAGGGGGCUGCCAUGUCCCGUGAGCGGCCCCCGGGCACCGACAUUCCCCGCAACCUGAGCUUUAUUGCCGCGCUAACGGAGCGCGCCUACUACCGUAGCCAGCGGCCCAGCCUCGAGGAGGAGCCAGAGGAGGAGCCAGGCGAGGGCGGGACGCGGUUCGGGGCACGAUCCCGCGCUCACGCACCUAGUCGGGGCCGCCGGGCCCGCUCAGCACCAGCCGGAGGCGGCGGGGCUCGGGCGCCCCGCAGCCGUAGCCCAGACACCCGCAAGAGAGUGCGUUUCGCCGACGCACUGGGGUUGGAGCUGGCUGCCGUGCGCCGCUUCCGUCCCGGUGAGCUGCCCCGGGUGCCCCGCCACGUGCAGAUCCAACUGCAGAGGGACGCCCUCCGCCACUUCGCGCCCUGCCAGCCCCGCGCCCGCGGCCUCCAGGAGGCGCGCGCCGCCCUGGAGCCGGCCAGCGAGCCCGGCUUCGCCGCCCGCUUGCAGGCGCAGCGCAUCUGCCUGGAACGCGCGGAGGCGGGCCCGAUGGGCGUGGCCGGGAGCGCGCGCGUGCUGGACCUGGCCUACGAGAAGCGCGUGAGCGUGCGCUGGAGUGCCGACGGCUGGCGGAGCCAACGCGAGGCGCCCGCCGCCUACGCCGGCCCGGCCCCGCCUCCGCCGCGCGCCGACCGCUUCGCCUUCCGCCUGCCCGCGCCGCCGAUUGGGGGCGCCCUGCUCUUCGCUUUGCGCUACCGUGUGACAGGUCACGAGUUCUGGGACAACAACGGCGGCCGUGACUAUGCUCUACGUGGGCCCGAGCACCCGGGCAGUGGCGGAGCCCCGGAGCCCCAGGGCUGGAUCCACUUUAUCUGAGACGAGGCGCCUGUGGCCGACGGCUGAAAACACCAAAGGAACCUGGCCACUGCUCCUUGGUCCUUGGCAUUAGGACGGGAUUCCCUUGUCACCUCUGACAGUUCCUGGCUGCAGUGUCCGGACUGGCUGGGGAGUGAUGACAGGUAGCCAUCAGAGCUCCAGCCUCCAGGCAGCUUUAGGGAUUAAAAUGGAGGCCAAAGCAACUCCAGACCUGUUUUUAUAGCCAAAUACUGUGGUGCCUCAGGGGUUGUACACUCAGGGGCUUCCAGGAAAAUGCCAACCUUACCUUUCUGGAGUGCCUUUUAAUAACCUCCAAGCACUUUAUGGACUGUUUGUCGAGGGACGGUGAAUCAGGAAAAUGACUAUUCUGAUUUCCUUUGUCUCCGAAAAGGAAUUCCCUGACUAUAUAACUUUGGGCAAGUUACUUCACCUCUUUGUGCCCCAGUUUUUUCCUUGGAAAACUGGAUUUAGGUUAGAUGAUCUUUUAAGGCUCCUUGUAUGAUAUUUUGUGAUCUGUACAUGGCAGAGUAUAGAUUAGAAGCCACAUUUUGCAACCUAGUGUUAUGGUUCAGAAUACAUAGUACCCCAAGCGUCUGGCUGGGGCCGAGGAUGGGUCCUCCAGUUCUUGGCACAGAUGUUCCAGAGCCCACGAAGCAUCCCAUAACCAACCAUCAGCCCAUCAUCUGCUCCAUUUUGCUCUUGCCCUCACAGACUUUCAGCCUCCAUGCUCUGAGACAACUGUGGAUAGGUACAUCUCUUUUGGUGAAAAUGAUGCUUGAGAACCCAAAAGAUUAAAGGAAACAAUGUUAGGGGCUUUUGUGGGGAUAAAAGAUAAUGGGUAUGUGGAAUAGAAACAUUUCAAAUGAAGAAUCAAAACAUUUCAGUCAAUCCACUUGGUUGUAAAAAAACAAAACAAACAAAUAAAACACCUAAGCAACUUGAAUAGUAAAUGGCACCAGAAGAUGGCAGUCUGCUCCAUAACCAGAGCAAGUACAGUGGGAAAGCUGGACUCUCAUACCCACUCACAUUCAUGCCUUAUGUCUCUCCUCCUGGUUAACCUUAACAGGGGAGUGAUUCCUCUGCUGGUUGCUGCUUUUCCUUUUCUCUUACCCUAUUCCUAACCUCUUUGCUUCUCUCUUUCUUUCCUUGUGUCUCUCCCUUCUCAUCACUUUUUUUCUUUUAACAUACAGGGCAUUUACCUUCAUUUUGUCUAUUUCCAUUUGUUUCCUUCUUCAUUCUUGUUCAUCUCUGUUAUUCCUUCUCCCUCCAGAAGGGAUGGAAACCCUAUUUUCUUUUCUCCAAGACUGUGGUUGGUCUACUUUCCUCACUCGGGCUCCUUGACAGUCUUCUAGAAGAGAGAAGGAGGAAAAGAAGCAGUUUCUGAUGUUACAAAUGAACAAGGAUCUCCCAGGUAACCAACUCUCCACACCCAUUUCUGUUACUAAUUUUUCAAAGAGAAAUUUCUGGUUCCCCUUCUUCCUUAUCACUGAGUGAAGGGGGACGGGCAUGCACAUGUGCCCAUACAUGCAUUCAGAAUAGAGUGUGGGGGCGGGUGCGAUGGAUCACGCCUGUAAUCCCAGCUCUUUGGGAGGCUGAGGCAGGUGGAUCAUUUGAGGUCAGAAGUUCAAGACCAGCCUGGCCAACAUAGUGAAACCCUGUCUCUACUAAAAAUACAAAACUUAGCCGUGCAUGGUGACUCAUGCCUGUAGUCCCAGCUACUCAGGAGGCUGAGGCAGGAGAAUCACUUUAACGGGGAGAUGGAGGUUGCAGUGAGCUGAGAUUGCGCCACUGCACUCCAGCCUGGGUGACAGUGAGACUCCGUACCAAAAAAAAAAAAAAAAAAGAAUAGAAUAUGGGGCUCGUUACCAUGCCCCUCCUGUCCACAACCUUAGUCUUUGAGAAAUGAUGACUGAAAGAGAGGAACCCUCCAAGUCAUUCCUCAAACAAAUGCCCAUUUAAACAUCAUCCUUGUGAAGAAAACAGGAAGAAUGUCAUGUACCACAUGGAUCACCUUCAGUUCAAAGUUGCAGCAAAGUGAAGAAAGAAACUACUGGAAGCCACCCAGCAAUGCACUGUUUAGUCAUCAAUUAGGAGCCCACGGGAGGAUAAUAGGGAGACUGGGUGGAGGCUCAGUUUGUAAUAAUCUCUUGUCUAAUGUAUGUGUGUCACUGCCAUGUUGUAUUAACAAUAGUGAGGGCUCACAUUUACUUAAUACUUGUGUGCUAAAAUCUGUUUUUUUUUUCUUUCCAGAACUAUGACUCGAUCAUAAAAUCUGUUUUGUUUGCAUGCAUGCCCAAAACAACCCUAUGAGUAGAACAUUAUCAUUAUCUGUAUUUUAGAGAUGAGGAAACAGGAUCAGAGAAGCUCAGUGAUUUGUUCAAGAUCACACAGCUAGUAAAUGGCAGAAGUAGGAUUGUGAACCCAGGGAAUCUCCAGAGCCUCUGUGUAACCAUGAUGUUAUAUUUUUUUCCUCUUUUAAAACAAAAUUAAAAACCUUGCUAUAAUCUCUUACUAUGAAAA